AUGACCAAUCAAUUGACAAUAAGCGACCAGCAGUGGCAACAACUUGUCAAUAGGGUAAAACAACAGUACCAUCAGAAUGAUUCAAGUAGGUUCCUUAUCUCCUUUGCUGGGGUCCCCGGAGCAGGAAAGACUACAUUUGCAGGUCAAAUGGCGAUUGAGUUGACAAAACAAGUUGCGCCCACCAUGGUCCUUUCCCAGGAUGGAUUUCACUUGUACAGAUCGGAGUUGCAAUCGAUGCCUGAUGCUGAAGAGGCAAUCAGACGAAGAGGAGCUCCUUUUACGUUCAACUCAAAGGCAUUUGUCAAAUUGGUGGCGCAAUUGAAGAACAAGAAUAUCACAGUAAAAGCUCCAUCAUUUGAUCAUAGGUUAAAAGAUCCCGUCGAGAAUGAUAUUGUGAUUGACCCAAUUGUGGCGAUAGUGAUUAUCGAAGGGAACUAUACGUCGCUUAAAGAUGAAGGAUGGAAUGAUAUCAGUUCCUUUGUUGAUGACACUUGGUUCAUUUCAACUCCUGAAUCAAUAGUAAGAUCACGGAUCAUCAAACGCCAUUUGGACGCCGGCAUUGCUAAAACCGAGCAAGAGGCAAUUGAGCGUGCUGAUGGUAGUGAUUUGCAAAAUGCAAGGUACAUUGUUGAAAAUUCUAAGCUUACCAAUGUCCUCAUACUCGGUUCAUAG